AUGCGUCUUUUCGCGCUUCUUCCCGUUCUACUUGGACUCAUAGGCCAUUUCGUCUCUGCGACGGAUAAUGGCAAAACUACUGAUGUAACAUGGGAAAAUCACAGCCUCUCAGUUAAGGGAGAGAGGGUAUAUAUCUUCUCCGGCGAAUUUCAUUACCAGCGACUCCCUGUGCCGGAGUUAUGGCUCGACGUGUUUCAGAAGCUACGCGCAAACGGGUUUAAUGCAAUCUCUAUCUACUUCUUCUGGAGCUUCCACUCUGCCUCUGAAGAUACUUUCGACUUCAAGAACGGCGCUCAUGACGUUCAGCGCGUUUUUGACUACGCCAAGCAGGCAGGUCUGUAUGUGAUCGCGCGUGCGGGACCUUACUGCAAUGCCGAGACCUCUGCCGGUGGGUUUGCAUUGUGGGCAUCCAAUGGUCAAAUGGGCAGCACGCGCACCAGUGCAAGUUCCUACUACGAUCGAUGGUAUCCGUGGAUCCAGAAGAUCGGAAAGAUCAUCGCCGCAAACCAAAUCACGAAUGGCGGUCCGGUCAUUCUCAAUCAACAUGAGAAUGAGUUGCAAGAGACAACUUACAGUGCUGAUAACACUGUUGUUAAGUAUAUGGAACAAAUCAAAGCCGCCUUUGCUGAGGCUGGCAUUGUUGUUCCGAGCACGCAUAACGAGAAGGGAAUGCGCUCUAUGAGCUGGUCAACGGACUACAAGGAUGUGGGCGGUGCUGUCAACGUCUAUGGUCUGGACUCCUAUCCUGGUGGUCUGUCCUGCACCAACCCAAAUACUGGGUUCAAUCUCGUUCGCACCUAUUAUCAGUGGUUCCAGAAUUACUCGAGCUCUCAGCCUGAGUACCUGCCGGAGUUUGAGGGCGGUUGGUUCUCCGCUUGGGGAGGGACAUUCUACGAUCAAUGUUCUACCGAGCUCUCGCCUGAAUUCCCAGACGUUUACUAUAAGAAUAACAUCGGUCAGAGAGUCACAUUGCAGAAUCUUUACAUGGUCAUGGGCGCAACGUCUUGGGGACAAAGUCCUGCUCCCGUUGUCUAUACUUCCUAUGACUACUCUGCGCCCAUGCGAGAGACCCGUGAGAUUCGAGACAAGCUCAAGCAGACCAAGCUGAUUGGCCUGUUUACUCGUGUGUCGUCUGGACUUCUACAUACACAAAUGGAAGGUAAUGGAACGGGGUACACCAGUGACGCUGGUAUAUAUACAUGGGCCCUGCGAAAUACGGAAAACCACGCUGGUUUCUAUGUUCUCGCGCACUCCACCAGCUCGUCUCGUGCCGUGACUACUACUUCGCUUAAUGUCAACACCUCGGAAGGGGCCCUCACAAUCCCAGAUAUUGAAUUGGCAGGCCGUCAAAGCAAAAUCAUAGUCACUGACUAUGAGAUUGGUGAUGGCUCAAGCUUGCUUUAUUCAUCUGCCGAGGUUUUGACCUAUGCUACUCUUGAUGUAGAUGUGAUUGUCUUCUAUCUGAAUAUUGGGCAGAAAGGAGAGUUUGUCUUCAAAGACGAACCGACCCAUCUUACCUUCAAGACGUACGGAAACUCCAAGGUGACAUCAGUCGCAUCGGAUCAUGGCACCAGAUACACAUACACUCAAGGGGAUGGCGCCACUGUGUUGAAAUUCUCGCACGGCGUGCUGGUCUAUCUGCUCGAUAAAGAGACGGCAUGGAACUUCUUUGCCGUACCGACUACCUCCAAUCCGCUUGUGACUCCCAGUGAGCAAAUCAUCGCCCUCGGGCCAUACCUCGUUCGCACAGCAACUGUCAGCGGAAACACUGUCAGUCUUGUUGGCGAUAAUGCAAACACGACCUCUCUUGAGGUCUAUACGGGCAACUCUAAGGUGACCAAAAUAAAAUGGAAUGGCAAGGAGGUCCCAACCAAGAAAACAGCAUACGGCAGCUUGAUCGGAUCAGUCCCGGGCGCCGAACACGCCAAGAUAUCGCUGCCGACCCUGAAGUCUUGGAAAGCACAAGAUACACUUCCAGAAAUCAAGCCCGGCUAUGACGAUUCUCGCUGGAUCGUCUGCAACAAGACGAAAUCGGUCAACUCCAUAGCACCGCUCACACUUCCUGUGCUUUACUCUGGUGACUACGGUUACCAUGUCGGGACGAAAAUCUACCGCGGACGGUUUGAUGGCACAACAGCGACGGGCGCAAAUCUCACUGUCCAGAAUGGUGUGGCCGCUGGCUGGGCCGCCUGGCUCAAUGGAGUCUACGUUGGCGGAGAUAUUGGCGACCCUGCCCUGGCAGCGACCUCAGCCGAGCUACUUUUCAACAGCUCUACGCUCCGCAAGAAAGACAAUGUUCUCACCGUUGUCAUGGAUUACACAGGCCACGACGAGGAAAAUGUGAAACCGAACGGGGCCCAGAACCCGCGCGGUAUACUGGGCGCUACGCUUCUUGGCGGAGAAUUUACGUCCUGGCGCAUCCAAGGCAAUGCCGGCGGCGAGACCAAUAUUGAUCCUGUCCGGGGACCCAUGAAUGAAGGAGGCCUCUAUGGAGAGCGUCUUGGUUGGCAUCUUCCAGGAUACAAAGCAUCGAAGAGCGCAACAUCAGACAGUCCUUUGGAAGGUGUCUCUGGUGCCGCAGGCCGAUUCUACACGACGACGUUCAAACUGGAUCUAGACUCAGACCUGGAUGUUCCGAUUGGCCUGGAGCUCGGUGCAUCUGAUUCCCCCGCAGUAGUGCAGAUCUUCAUGAAUGGGUACCAGUUCGGUCAUUACCUGCCACACAUCGGACCCCAGACCCGAUUUCCAUUUCCCCCGGGGGUGAUCAAUAACCGCGGGAAGAACACAUUGGCGAUUAGUCUGUGGGCGCUGACGGAGCAAGGAGCGAAACUGAGUCAAGUGGAUCUGAUUGCAUAUGGGGCUUAUCGCACUGGUUUCAACUUCAAUCACGAUUGGUCCUAUUUGCAGCCGCAGUGGAGGAACAACCGGGGACAAUAUGUUUAG